UAUGGCCUAUUAGCCUACCAAUUAGAUCUUUCUAUUACUGAGAUGAAUGGUCUAUUUCAAUUAUAAACUAUUCAGUGGUAACUAGAAGGGAAGUUUAAUCAAUACCUGCCAAAAACUAUUGAUAAACACUUUAUUGAAGCCAGUUAGUGCUUUGAAAUGCAGAGAUAGGCCUACUGACUUCCUUAAACCAGUAUAUUUAUUAUUCUUUCAGAAUUGUGUGUAGUUAAUAUGUGCGGAGAAUAUAGAUAAUAGAUUAAAAACGAACAUUUUCCGGUUUAAAAGGAGUGAUUACGACUUCAUUAUUAUAAUAGUAAUAUUAAUAUUAUAAUUAUUAUCAUCACCAUCAAAUAAACUGGUUGGGUUGGACAACUCAUACUUUUGGCGUGAGACACGGUUUUCAAUUCAGUGUGCUUUAUUGGCAUGUAUUAUACGGCUCUUCAGAAUGUUUAAAGGGAUCUAUUAGCAGAAAUGCAAUCUUCUGUUUAUAAUUAUGUUUUCAAUAUUCUCCGCUGUGCGUCUGCGUCCUGUUCGCCCCGUCGGGAUUUAUUUUUCGAUAAUAACCGCCGCCAAGCUUGUAUGUACUGUCACGCUAGCAUGAACAAAAUAAUCUUUUGACAUUAAUGUAUUUCACGCCAGAAAAUACACCUGUUUUGGUCAAUAUCACCGAUUCUCACGCCAAGGCAGCCUUGAAAGUUGGCUCCCAAGACCUCCAUUCGUUUGGCCCUAAUCAUCUGUCGGCUAGGUUGUUCAGAUGGGAAGUGUUUUGCUGUGACACCCGGAAAUUAGUUACAGUUUGAAAGGGUUGCGCGUCAGCUGCUGCACCAGGUUGCGUAGAAGGCGGCAGAUGGCGGACGCCCAGUGAGGUCAUGAGUCUUCCUCGUAAGCGCAGGGCUGGGGCUUCCAAGCCCAGUUCCACUCGCACCAAGAGCCUGAGAUCCACAGGGAAUGAGUGUGGAACCGGUCCGUCUGCGGACGUUCUGCCACAUACCCUGGCAAACAGAACCCCGAGAACCCCGAGCUCUCUGGCCAAGGAGGCGGAGCCAGAAGGCCAGCCGUGGAGGCGUUCCCCGAGGCUACAGGGCCUCAGUCUGGCGUCCAGUCCUGAAGGCCUAAUACAGAGUGACCGGGACCAGGCUGAGAGUCCAUCUGGAGGUGCAGAGGGACAGAAGGAUGAGCAGGACCUCACUGUGGAUGAGGUGCGUGGCGGAGCUGGGCUGCAGGUUGGCAAGAGGAGAGGAGGAGGAGGAGGGGGGAGGAGGAGAAGAGCUCCAGCCCUGGGGAGGGACGACCCCCCCUCCUCACGGGAGCGGCAGGGGGAGGAGCAGCCGGAGCUGGAGAUCGACAGCGAGCUGGACCGAGACCUGGAGAAUAAAUCCCGCCAGCACAAGUUGACCUCGGCCAAUGUUCGCAGCAUCAUCCACGAAGUGAUCACCAACGAGCAUGUGGUUGCCAUGAUGAAGGCUGCCAUCAAUGAAACUGAACCUGUGCCUGUGUUUGAGCCGACGAUGACUCGCUCCAAGCUGAAGGAGGUGGUGGAGAGAGGAGCGGUCAUUCCCACAUGGAACAUUUCACCAAUCAAAAAGCACAGAGAAGCAAAGACCCAGUUUGUGGACAUUCCCCUGGAGGACGAAGACUCUUCAGGUGAAGAGUACUGUCCAGAUGAAGAUGAUGAAGAUGAAACUGCUGAGGAGACGUUACUGGAGAGUGAUUUGGAGAGUACCUCCUCUUCCCCGCGUGGCGGCAGAAGUGUUCACAGAGUCCAUGAUGAAGACAGACACAGUGGCUCUUACCAGAGGUCACGGCACCUGAGGGUGGAGGUCGUACCCAUGGGCCCCCCCCCCCCGCCCCAGCCCUGCCCCGGGCCUGCCGCCCCCCCCCGGACCGUCACAGAGAGCAGCUUCAUGGAGAAACUCUACGCUGUGGACGAGGAGCUGGCCAUCAGCUCACACUGCAUAGAGCCUUACCAGGCGCUGGGAGGGGGCGGGGCCGUGGGCGGCCAGAUGGCGUUCCGCACGCGCUCAAAGCGCCCGCUGAGGGACGUCCCCAUGGAGGAGCUGGAGGCGGAGCUCCGAUCACCUGACUUCACCCCGGACGUCCCCCGCGCAGGCUCCGCCCUCGAGGACCGCGAGUGGACCCAUUGGCUGCAGGGACUCAUGACCUCCGCCAUGAACAACGAAGAGGAGGCAGACGACGAUGACGAUCCGGAGUAUAACUUCCUGGCAGACACAGACGAGCACGAGCCCGACGUGGAGGACUACAGGAACGACCGCGCCGUACGCAUCACCAAGAAGGAAGUGAAUGAGCUGAUGGAGGAGCUGUUUGAUACUUUCCAGGGAGUGCAGGAGGAAGAGGAGGCUCACGAGGAGGAAGAGGAGGAGAGGGAGGAGGACAAGGAUGAGGAGGACGCCCCGCCUGCACCCCCUCCUAGUGUCAGCAUCCUACACACUGUCCAAUAUGAGAACCCGCUGGCUGAUGUUCUGAAUGAGAGUUAUCGUACCGUGAGGGAGCACCUGGCUGCUCUGCGUCGGCGGCGCGCCCUGCUGGAGAGUCACGGUAUUGCGUGGCCCCCUCCCAGCAGUGCCCCCCCCACCCCCCUGCUGCUGUCACACACACAGAAGAUCCACCUACAGCAGCAAGUACAACAGCAUGUCCAGCUCCUGACUCAGGUGACCAUGCUCUGCAGUCCAGUGGAGAGGUUGAAGACGGAGGCCUCCAUCGCCAGGCAGUUUCUGUCGGAGCUGGAGGUGUUUGCGCAGCGGGGGGAGCAGGUGCGGAGAGCUCAGGAUUCCACCUUCAGCAGCAGCAUCUUCAGAGCCUCCAACCUCCAGGGGGCGCUGUCUCUACUGGAGGAGCUCAGCCACUACACCCCCCAGAGCCCCCCCCUACCCCUCACCCACCCCCCAUACACUCAGGUACACCCUAGACUGCUGUCAUUCCUGAAGAAACCUGCCAGUGGGCGGAGAUUUCCCAUGAUCCCACCCCACCAGGCGUGGCUUAUGGCCACUCGCCCCGCCUUCAUCUACCCAGAGCUCCUCCCCCAUGUCAGCCUAGACCCCGCCCACCACCCCUCCAGCGCCCACAAGAUCAAGAACUUCACCCCUGGGGAGGACUGCCUGAUUGUUCUGGGCCACAGACACUUCAGUGAGACGCCGCGUCCUCUCAAGAUGGCCGCCCACUACCUGCUUGCUGCCAAGACCGUCACUGAGAUCAACAAACAUGUUUACGACGUCUGCCACCGCCUUCCCAACCACGUCAUAUCGUCUUAUUUCCAGCAGAAAAGAGUUCCCAGCAUGCCACAGCCCUGCCGUAGAGUGGAACCGUCUGACCAGCGCCCCCCAGUGGAGAGGGAUGAGAAUAUCAUGCCCCUGUGGCUCUGGGUAAGGCAGUGGUGUUCAGUGAAAUGUGCUAUUAGCGUUAGUCAGUGUAAUGUGCUAUUAGUGUGUGUUUGUGUUUUUUGCUCCUUCUCCAGAAAAGCCUGCAGGGCAUCUAUAAGGCUGUGCUGCACCACGGUGGCCAGCAGGGGGCCUCCUUCCCCAGGGAGUCAGUCCCGAGGAGCAGCGCUAGCGAUCGGGCAAAUCCAUCCGGUGACGACCCCUGCCCCAAAACCCUCCUGCCCCCCCACCCCCGCGGCCGUACAGCUUCCCCCCCGGCGUCCGCUACCCCCCCAGCCUGCCCGAGCGGCUCGUCAUGCAGCCCUGUGGACUCAAGUGGGUGCCCCCCCCCCCGCCGGCCCGACACCCCCCGGUGCUCCCGCCAAACCUUCCCCCCGCCCCCCAAAACGCCGGGAGCGACUCUUCACCCCCACCUGGAGGCAGGAGGGCAAACUGCUCCAACCCAUCCAGCCCGCGCCCGCGCCCGCGCCCCCCCCACCCUCACACACACCGCCCCUGACUCCACCACCAGCCCCCAGUGCCCCCCCAGGGAGGUGUGUGAGGGGGAGGGGAGGGGCGUCGGCAUGUGUGAGGGGGAGGGGAGGGGCGUCGGCGUGUGUGAGGGGGAGGGGAGGGGCGUCGGCGUGUGUGAGGGGGAGGGGAGGGCCUGUCCUGGGGCUGGGCGGGGUGAUCAUCAGCCUGCCGGUCUCCGCCCCUCUGGUGUGUCCCAUGGUUAGGGUUCUCAACCCGCCCCCUCUGGUCACACCUGCUCUGGGAUUGGCUCCCCCCCUCACUCCUCAAGCCACCCCAUUGGGCGAGAGUCUGGUCAGUCAGCAGCACUGCGACACCCUGAUAGGACGACACAAGCUGCUGGCUCCGCCCCUCCCUCAGCUGGUGCUGGUCCGCCCCCCCACUGUGAGAAUGGACCACAGCCACUCAGGUGGCAAGAGGAUGACCUCACGCAGACACACUGAGGAAGAGGAGGAGGAGGAAGAGGAGGAGCAGGAGGAGGAGGAGGAGGACAACGCAACAGAGGAGAGAGAUGAUGAGGAGACCAUAGAGAGACUGUCAUGGCUGGCGUGGAAGGGGCGGUGCGAUGCUGAGAAGAGAUCAGGACAGGAGAAGAGUCUGAAGAAGAAAACCAACUCUACAUCAGACUGCCAGAGAGCACCCCCUCCUGGAGACAGGCGGAACGACGAGCCGGAAGUGGGCUGUGAGGAGGCACCUGUCUCACUCUCUGGGGACGAGGCACCCGUCUCACUCUCUGGGGACGCUGGCCUUGAAGUCUCACUGUCUGUGGACGAGGCACCUGUCUCACUCUCUGCGGACGCUGGCCUUGAUGACGACCCACGGAAGGAAACCAAAGAUGUGGCGUUUGCUCAGGCCUACCUGCAGAAGGUGUGUGAGGCCCUCCAGGAGGAUCCUGGGAAGGUGGAGGAGUUCCUGGGGGUGCUGAAGGCGUGUGAGCGCGAGGACCGGACGGCCGUGGAGCUCUACCAGAGACUGCGACCGCUGCUCCAGCACUGGCCAGACCUGCUGCAGGACUUCAGCGCCUUCCUGCAGCCUGAGCAGGCCAAUCAGUGCGGUCUGUUGGCGGAGCAGCGGGCGUUCGAGCGCAGUCGGCGGUUCCUGAGACGACUUGAGUUGAGCUUCGGGGAGAGUUCAGCGCUCUACCGCCAGGUGGUGAGGAUACUGAGAGGAGGCGCCAACCACAGGGGCAUCACCGAGGUCAAAGGUCAGAUAUCCACGGUUUUAGGAAGCCACGCCCACUUGCUGGAGGAAUUCUGGGUAUUCUUCCACCGGCUCCACCCCCAGGUCUCUGACACUGAGAGUGAACGGCAGCACAGUCAGCCAAUCAGAUCCAACAUCCAUUCACAAGAGGCGGAGCAUCUAAAUGUCCUGCCCCAUAGUGUAGGAAGCUGGAGGCUCGUAGCCCCAGAGAACAUGGGCCCAGGUGACCCCAGAGAGAGCCCCCCAGGUGACCCCAACCGGAGGCAGGGCGGGGGGGACACGGCACCCGACCCAGAGACCGUGUGCGCCAAGAACAUCUCCCUCAUGCCCAGCGGGGAGAGAGUGGUUCUCUGGACACGGGAGGCGGACCGCGCCAUCCUGACGGCCUGUCAGCAGCAGGGAGCCAAUCAGAGGACGUUCUGUGCUGUGUCCGCCCAGCUGGGCAACAAGACAGCCAAUGAGGUGUCUGUGCGAUUUCAUGACCUGAUGCGGUUAUUCCACACGUCGUCUUCCAGACAGCGGCACUCCAGCGAAGACGACAGCGACAGCGACACCUCCACCUCCACCUCCACGUCCGCCAGCUCAAAAGAGCAGGAACCGGACUGAACAGAACCCAGCAUUACAGCUCUAGGACCGGAGCAGUACCAAGCUGGUGGACAGGCGCUGGGUCCACACACACACACACACACACACACACACACAGACACACACACACACAGACACAGACACACACACACACACACACACACACACCCAGACGUAGAGGAUCGGCCCGGCGCAGGCUCUCUGUGUUCCGCUGUGCAGCACCAGCAGCAGCAUCCUCUAGGGGGCGCCACUGUUCCGCUGUGCAGCAGCAGCAGGUCUUCCUCUGUGGCCGUGGUCAUUGUCAGAGCAUCCUCUAGGGGGCGCCACUGGUCUUCCUCUGUGGCCGUGGUCAUUGUCAGAGCAUCCUCUAGGGGGUGCCACUGUUCCGCUGUGCAUCAUCAUCAGCAGCAGGUCUUCCUCUGUGGCCGUGGUCAUUGUCAGAGCAUCCUCUAGGGGGUGCCACUGUUCCGCUGUGCAUCAUCAUCAGCAUCAGGUCUUCCUCUGUGGCCGUAGUCAUUGUCAGAGCAUCCUCUAGGGGGCGCCACUGGUCUUCCUCUGUGGCCGUGGUCAUUGUCAGAGCAUCCUCUAGGGGGCGUUAUGAGGCACCACUCCAGCCCAGUGGUUUUUAUUUAUGUAUUUAUUUAUGUAUUUAUUUAUUUAUUCUGUCCUGGAAUACCAGGGGCCUUGUCCCUCUCGCCUGGUGUGUGUGUGUGCUGCUGGAAGAAGUGCCAUAUUAUUAUAUAUAUUAUUAUAUAUAUUAUAUUAUAUAUUAUUAUACACCAAGCAGGCUGCAGGUCACUCUACACGUGCCACUGAAUAUUGUACAGUGUACAGGAUGCUUUUAUAAGUGAUGACUAUUGUUUGUAUAAUCACAGAAAGGUUGUUGUUGUUGCCUGAUUAAAAUCUU